CAACAUCAAGGGGAAAAAACAAGAAGGGAUUAUUAUUAUUAUUAUUAUUAUUAUUAUUUAUUAUUAUUAUUAUUAUCAUCAUCAUCAGAGAACUAGUAGAAUUCUUCUUCUGUUCCUCCCUUUUCCCGAUUUGAAGCAAUUAAUAGGAGGUAAAGUUUCGAUUGUUGAAAGCAGCGAUCACCGACGCGCGCACACACUGUUUAUCGAAUGCCUAUGGCGAUGGCAUCUGAGGAGUCUACCAGCGUUUGCACCCACUGUGACAGAGCCAUCCCAUCCUCUAACCUAGAUCUGCAUAUGGUACAUUGCUCCCGGAAUCUCGAAAAAUGUAAAAUCUGUGGGGAUAUGGUCCCCAAACGACAUUCCGAGGAACAUUACUCCAACACUCAUGCACCGGUUUCCUGUUCUCUCUGCAGUGAGACAAUGGAACGGGACAUUUUGGCUGUUCACAAAGGGGAAAACUGUCCCCAAAGAAUUGUGACAUGCGAGUUCUGUGAAUUUCCAUUGCCUGCAGCUGACUUGGCUGAGCAUCAGGAGGUCUGUGGGAACCGGACAGAACUGUGUCCCUUGUGCCGUAGAUAUAUAAGGCUUAGAGAAAGGUACAACCAUGAGCUUAGGUGCACUGGUGUACCCGAUAGCACAGUUGGAUCUUCCAGAAGGGAUGUGAAUCCAAGGCCAACAGAGAGGGGGCCAAGAGGGGGAGUUCCUCCAAGAAGGCCGCCACAGGGGCAUUCACGGAAACGCCUUUUCUUCACCAUUGCCAUAACCGGCAUUGCUGUUCUGUUAGGCUCGUUUCUUUUCCAGAAGAGACCUGAGGCAAAUCAAGUGCAGUAGCCAGAUCAAGAAGGUGCAAGAAAAAUAGUUAUAAUUUAUACCCGAUUCCUUCCAUGUAAAUUAGCCGAAAACUAUUUAGCCAAAGACUUUAUCAUCACAAUUCUUCUGGGAUCUGUAAUCUUUUGUGAGAGACGUAAAUUUCGUUGUAAGUCGUCCGAGUUAGAGAUUGUAGUCGGAUAAAUGACAGCUUCUGUUCAGCUUACACUUUCUUUCUUCACUCCGUGCUAUCAAAAUCCUCUCGUUCUGCUUCCUACAGGGCAUGGGUGGAUAGAUGUCGCAAAAUGUGGAACAUCAAUCUGUGUAGUGGAAAUACAAUACAAAAUCUUCAAA